AUGCAGGAGGAAGAUGCAGUCAGCAUCGUUCAACGCUCAGUUGAAAGUGUGGCGCUAGGAAUAUCGUGCUUCACGCAAGUGAAAGAAGGGAUUCGAAGUCCACUUCUACUCAACGAUCGAAGAUCAGAGACGCUACAGCAUAUGCAAACGGAAGUAAAAUUAGAGAGUCAGGAACGUCUAAAUUUCAGCGAUGUCAAAGGUCAAGUGAAUCGAAGGAGAUCGCUGUUCUCGGAUUGCAAUAAUCCUCGUUUUUGGGCUAGCAGGCCAUCGCUGGUGUUCAUCAAGCCGCCCACACGCAUAGGAAACGACAACGGGCUGGACAGCAAGGAGAGAAAAAAGGGUGCUGAGGAUAAUGAAACGAGCGACGAAGAGACCUCUACCAUAAAUAGGUUGGCUCGAUAUUACAGGCCAAGCAUAGCAUUCGAUGAGAUUUCGUCAUCUACGCGAGAACGUCAUCUACGUGGAAGAAAAUUUCUGCGACCACCGCUGGUUGACAGCUGA